GCCUACUUUAUUUUUUAUUUAUUUCCUAAAUUCUCCUCUUAAAGUUUAACCUCCCUGUCGUAGGUGUGACCUGUGUCAGGGGCGUCAUUGCUACAGUUGACUGGUGGUUUGCGGCAGCGUCCGCAUGGCAACCGCGAGCUGUAUACAAGAGAAACAAGGCAGACGGGAGCUUUCUGGAAACGUUGAUAGAUUUGGGCAUUAAAACGCCCGUUCUUGUCCCGUAUUUUCUCAUUUUUCUUCUUCUAAGUGGACGCUGUCACAGCUGGUGACUGCAGCCGGGGGUGGAGCGGCUUUAAUGCGGCGUGUCGUUGUCGGUGCAGCCGGACAGCCAGUGUAAGCUGCCAACCCAGGUCUGUAACCAUGACAGCAGAGGAGACGAUCAACAUCAAGGAGGCAGAGGUGAUCAAGGUGAUCCUGGACUUCCUCAACUCCAGGAAGCUCCACAUCAGCAUGCUGGCCCUGGAGAAGGAGAGCGGCGUCAUCAACGGACUCUACUCCGAUGACAUGCUCUUCCUCAGGCAGCUCAUUCUGGACGGACAGUGGGAGGAGGUGAUGCAGUUCAUUCAGCCCUUAGAAGGAAUGGACAAGUUUGACAAGAAAAGGUUUCGUUACAUCAUUCUGAAGCAGAAGUUUCUGGAAGCUUUGUGUGUAAAUAACGCCAUGUCAGCUGCUGAAGACCCUCACAACCUGGAGCUCACCAUGCAAGAAGCAGUCAAGUGCCUCCACAGUCUGGAGGAGUUCUGCCCGACGAAGGAGGACUACAGCAAGCUGUGCCUCCUCCUCACCCUGCCGCGCCUCACCCACCACGCCGAGUUCAAGGACUGGAACCCGAGCACGGCGCGAGUCCACUGCUUCGAGGAGGCCUGCGCCAUGGUGGCCGAGUUCAUCCCCGCGGACAGGAAGCUGAGCGAGGCCGGCUUCAGGGCGAGCGGAAACCGCCUCUUCCAGCUGCUCAUCAAAGGCAUUCUUUACGAGUGCUGUGUCGAGUUCUGUCAGAGUAAAGCGACAGGCGAGGAGAUCACGGAGGGGGAGGUGUUGCUCGGCGUAGAUUUGCUUUGCGGGAACGGCUGUGAUGAGCUGGACUUGUCGCUGCUCUCCUGGCUGCAGAACCUCUCCCCAGGCGCCUUCUCAUGCGCCUUCCAGCAGAAGACCCUCAACAUCCACGUGGACCGACUGGUGAAGCCCAGCAAGGCCGGCCACGCCGACCUCCUCACGCCGCUGAUCAACCGGCUGUCCCCCUGCCCCACCUCACCUUUCCGUCAGAGGCCCCAUUCAGCCGACACGUACAUGUCCAGGUCCCUCAACCCGGCUCUGGACGGGCUUUCGCACGGGCUGGCUGCGCAGGACAAGAGGGGAAUGGAGGCCAACAUGAAGUCUGCUCUCAGUCGGAGCUUGGUGGAGAAUAAUUUGCAUCAUCAGGAUGAUUCGCCUGAGAGGAAACACCCACAAGGUCUGGAUGGACCCAACACCACACGCACCCCUCUGACCCCUGGAAAAGACGGCGGGCCACCCUGCAGCACAGAAACACGUGAGCGUCGUGACUCCACAGAGCACAUCCAGGAGUAUUACAGGCAACGUCUGCGCGUGCAGCAACAUCUGGAACAGAAGCAGCAGCAGAGGCAACUUUACCAGCAGAUGCUGCUGGAAGGAGGAGUGAAGCCGCAGGACGGAGCGCAGAACAACCUCACUGAGGCGUUCCUCAGCAGAUCCAUUCAGAAGUUGGAGGAGAUGAAUGUGAGCAUGGACCACAGGGGGGAUGAAGCCUUGACGCACCUGGGCCAGCAGUGGAACGGACUGACGGGGAACACGGGCACCUCGAGCCCCAAGACGUCCACCGGCCGCCAAACCCCAGACAAAGGGCCGCCCAGGGACAAGCCGGGGGGUGUGAUCAGCAGCACCCCGUUAAGCGCUGGGAACCAUGGCUUACCUUCCCUCAGCGAGUCCCCAGUUCCUACUAGCCACAGCGCUGAAAGAAUCAGAGCAUCGGGUCCCACGGUCCAGGACGACUCCGGCUGCUCAGCAACACGUAGCGCCCAUGAGCCAGGGAAAUCUAAAACCCAGUUUGUUAAAGUGAACCAACUCGAGGACACGCAGGCAGUGCGUGCUGUGGCCUUCCAUCCCUCUGGAGCGCUCUACGCUGUCGGCUCCAAUUCAAAAACCCUGAGGGUCUGCGCUUACCCCGAAACACUCAGCACUGGUGGUUCUGGUGCAGUCAAGCAGCCGGCGGUGCGCUUCAGGCGGAACAAACAUCACAAGGGCUCCAUCUACUGCGUGGCCUGGAGCCACUGUGGACAACUGUUAGCCACCGGCUCCAACGAUAAAUACGUCAAAGUCUUGCCUUUCAAUGCAGACAGCUGUAACGCCACAGGUCCAGACCUGGAGUUCAGCAUGCAUGAUGGGACCAUUCGGGACCUGGCCUUCAUGGAAGGACCUGAAAGUGGAGGAUCCAUUUUGAUCAGUGCCGGGGCCGGAGACUGUAACAUCUACACUACGGACUGCCAGAGGGGACAGGGGCUUCACGCACUGAGUGGACACACGGGCCACAUACUGACUCUGUACACGUGGGGAGGCUGGAUGAUCGCCUCGGGCUCACAGGAUAAAACGGUCCGGUUCUGGGACCUGCGGGUGCCCAGCUGUGUUCGGGUGGUGGGAACAACUCUGCACGGCUCAGGAAGCGCAGUUGCUUCGGUGGCGGUGGAUCCCAGCGGCCGCCUGCUGGCCACCGGCCAGGAGGACAGUACCUGCAUGCUGUACGACAUUAAAGGAGGACGCAUAGUCCAGACGUACCGCCCCCACAGCAGUGACAUCCGCUCUGUUCGCUUCUCACCUGGAGCCCAUCACCUCCUCACCGGCUCCUACGACAACAGAAUCAUCAUCAGCGACCUUCAAGGAGACCUAACGAAGCCCCUCCCCCAGACAGUGGCAGGCGAGCACUGGGACAAGGUGAUCCAGUGCAGGUGGCACCCACACGACCGGACCUUCCUCUCCUCGUCCGCAGAUCGGACUGUCGUCCUCUGGGCUCCGGGCCCCUGAGAGUCGGUGUUCACCGACGGGAAGAGCAGCGAGGCGAAGAUCGCAGCGUCCACAAACAGCCCAGCAGGGACCACUCACUGCUGCGAGUGGUUUGUGUAUGUGUGUGUUGGUGUAUAUACAUAUCAUGAGCAUUUUUAUGUGUUGCUCAGUUUAAAGUUAACCCUGUGUGUGUGUAUACACAGUAUGUAUAUUGUGUGACCGAUGUACAUUUGAGGCAGAAAGUCUAGUCACUUUAAAGAUGUUUUAUAGGGGUGUAUGUUUGAAUCGGACUGCAUAUGUCUUUGUGAGUGUGUACCUACACGUGUGUGCAUUUAGAUUUGCGUGCCAUUAAAACUAGAUUAAAAGGAAAAUAACAUUUUGCAGAUGCAAUGAAAAGGAAACAAAGGGACUCUUUUUUUGUUGUUCCAACUUGGAUCCGUGUGAGGUUAAAUACUUAAAUAUUAACAGAUUUGUCUGUGUUCGCUUAAUCUAACGUGUGGCUUUUGUAAAUAGAGCGUAGAGGGAAAAAAAUGGCUGAUAUGAAACGGCACAAUGUAGUUCACUGCAAGCACACUUUCAAAUUAAUUUUAGUCAGACAUGCUCACGCAGAAAUUAAAGGUCAGUUCAACACGACCGUUCUUUGAAGCUCUGCUCCUUCUGUGGGAAGCAGCGACUGGACUGACCGGUAGAAGCCACGUUUUGUUAUGCAUAUCAUAAUGUGCCUUUUUGUAGCAGCUGCAAAGAUAUUUCAAAUUCUGGAUUAAUUUAAAGAUUUAUUUAUUUACUUACAGCUUUAUUUUGUCAUAAAUGUCGACAUUUGUCCGUACCUGAGCAUACUUUCUCAUUGUUAGAAUUUUAAGAGAUUUUUUUCAAUAGCUUUAAGUGAAGAUUGAAAAUGGAAUUGAACACAGUUGGAAUUAAAGAAGAAAGUAAUUCGAUAACACAACACUGGGUUCCAAAUGUAAAGAGUGGCUCUAAUUUUAGGUAAUUUUUAUUUAUUUAUUUUUUUAAUUUUGCCACGGACACAUUGAUGUAUGAGUUCGCAUUCUUGAUCUAGUUGAUCCAUUAAUGUAUGUAUUUAUAGUUUUAAAAAAAGGAGCACAGUAAAGCCAAAGCUUAGAGCUGCUGUUAGAAAGGAUUUUAGAAUCACAUUUAAAAUGAUCCAAAGCUUCACGGUGAGGAUGAGUUUAAAUUGAAUAAACUGAAACUAAACAGUGAAUAAUUUUUUUUAAACGUGAGAUAAAAUGUCAGUAGGUCAAAGGCAAGACGAUGAUAACGAUGCACUUUAAAGGCAAAAACUUUCCUUUAACUUUUUACCUGUAGGGUGGAGAGAAUUGAUCUUUUUUUUUUUUUAUGCACCAUAUUUUACCGUAGCUAUGACUCACGUUCAUCGUUACCGUCCACCUCUGUUGCUUUAAACAACAGUUUGUGCACAAACGUGGCACGAAUGACGGAUCUGCCAAAGGGUCAAAUGGGUUCAGACUGUCAAACAACAUGUGCUUUUGACUAAAUAAAGACAAUUUAGGGGACAUUCUGAAACUAGCAGGUGGAAUAAAGAUGUUAAAACC